ACUGUAGUAAAGAACAUUUCAUAUUCAAUAUUUUUAAGGAUGUCUACGCAACACCUCUCAAAAGUGAUGUUGGCAAUUAUUAUUACUUUUAUUUUAUCAGAAAUCCUGUUGCAGGUUAGUGGUACCACCACGAUAGAAGCAUCUGUUACUGUAUGUGGAAUGCAACAAACUCAAGCAAGCAGUUCUCGUAUUGUUGGUGGUGAAGAUUCUCAGCCAGGAGAGUGGCCCUGGAUGCUUUCGUAUAAUAACUAUGGUACACAUUUCUGUGGUGCAUCUUUAAUCAGCGAACAGUGGGCCAUAACAGCUGCUCACUGCGUUUCUUCCACCAGUUGGAUGAAUAUUACUGCAGGAAUAACAACUUUGGACGAUAAUUCUGUGUUUCGUGCAAGUGUCCGUAUUGCUGAGACAUUUAUCCAUCCAGAGUACGAUGAUGAUGUUUAUUAUAAUGAUAUUGCAUUACUUAGACUCGAUUCACCGGUACAAUUUAAUAAAUUUGUUCAGCCAAUUUGCUAUGAAAGCUUAGAAUAUCUACCCGAUACAGUGUGUCAUGUAGCAGGAUGGGGACUUUUGGCGGAAUAUGGUACCUAUCCAAACACGCUGCAAGAUACAAGUGUUCCACUACUGAGUAUCGAAGAAUGCCGCAGACUUCUUUUUAAGUUUAACGUCACUGACAAUAUGAUUUGUGCUGGAUAUGCUUCUGGUGGUCGAGACACUUGCUCAAAUGAUAGCGGUGGUCCUUUGAUGUGCAAAUCAGAUGAUGGUACCUGGAACCUUGUCGGUAUCACAAGUUGGGGAGUAGGAUGCGCUCGACCAAAUAGACCGGGAGUAUACACUAAAGUGUCUAAAUAUGCUGAAUUCAUUCAGCAGACAAUCAAUGUUUCUACUGUGGGUGUGGUUACAAACAAUGAGAAAACAGUGUCAACUCCAAAGAUGUUUACAACAACCUCAUUACCACGCCAAGAGGCACUUCCAAAAGAAGUGCUGACAGUUGUAGAUGUGGACAUGCAUGUGACUGCUUCAGACGUCAAAGAAGGAUGUGCUAGUGAUCCUUCACUAGCCAACUGUCCUGAUCUUAUUAAAGAAUUUGAAGAAGAGUUUGGUCAGGCAUACUAUAACUUUGAUCUCGAUGCAUAUCAUGGGUUGAUCGUCACGAAUAUCUCAAGCUUGGAUGAUACAUGGCUUAAAGUACAUAUAACAGAUAAUAAACAACUCAUCGUCCACCAUUUUGUGGAGUAUAAGUAUACGGAAUUCAAUCAGAGCAUAACCAACGAUCAAUUCAUUAAAGGAGUAUUUGGAAACAAUGCUAUAUAUGGAAAAUUCACAUAUGAUGACAGUUCAGUUGACAUUGAUACCGAUUUUUGCAAUGAGAAGUACUAUUAUCCCUGCGAAAGUUCAUUUACAUUUAGAUGUAAUGACAAACAUGAACCAGAAUGUGCAUCGAAGUGCGAGGUUGAAUUUAAUUGGUGUAAUGGUGGAUCUUGCGAUGCAAUUGGUGAUGAAAUAUCCUGCAAGUAAGUAUGAAAAAAGCAAUUUCAGUUAUGUAAUAACUCUGGUAGUGUUCACAUUGCAAAUUUUGCUUAUUUGG